ACUAUAUACCUCUUAUCAGUAGGUGGCCUGGUUUAGGACCAGCUACAUCUGUCUGUACUUGUCCUUCAGUCUCAGUCUCUCGGUCUCUCCACUGGCACGGCUGCUGCUGGGACCUACAUACACCACAGACAGAAACACACACCACCAUGGGUUGCUGUAACAAGCUGUGUGGGCUAAAGGCUGGAAUUGGGGCUGGAAUUGCAGUGGCCAUAUUAGGUAUAAUCCUUAUCCCAGUGGGGAACAAUAUCAUCCGUGAGACUGUUACAAAGGAAUCGGUCAUCGAGCCUGGGACCACAGCCUGGGACAACUGGGUGUCUGCAGAUGCACCUGUCUACAGACAGUUCUGGCUCUUUGACGUGCAGAACCCACAGGACGUGGUGGAGAAUGGGUCAAAGCCCAAAUUGGUGGAGAAAGGGCCCUACACAUACAAGACGCGGUACCUGCCCAAAGAGAACAUCACGGCCAACCCAGAGAACCACACCAUCUCCUUCCUGCUCCCUGCGGGGGCCAUAUUUGAGCCCUCCCUGUCUGUGGGGUCUGAGGAGGACAGUGUCACCUCCCUCAACCUGGCUGUGGCUGGUGGGUACAAGUUGUUUCCCCCAUGGGUACUGGAAGCUGCAAUAAAGUUAAACAAUGUCUCACUCUUCCAGCGACGGACAGUGAGGGAAAUACUCUGGGGUUACAAAGACCCCAUUCUGAAAGGGACACUGGGCCUCUUUUUUCCUUACAACGGCACCUAUGAUGGGCCAUACAGUGUCUUCACAGGCAAGGAUGACAUCUCUAAAGUGUCUAUCAUUGACAGCUGGCAGGGGGAAAAGAAGGUGUCUUUCUGGAACAACACAUACUGCGACAUGAUCAACGGCACAGAUGGCUCGUCAUUCUCUCCCUUCCUGGACAAGAAGAAGCCUCUGUACUUCUUCUCCCCUGACAUCAGCAGGUCUGUGUCAGCUGAGUAUGAGAGGAGCCUGAACCUGAAGGGGAUCGAGGUGUACCGGUUCAAACUGCCCCCGCUCACCUUAGCCUCCCCUGCAGUCAACCCAGACAACCAGUGCUUCUGCACGGACUCUGUGGUCUCUAAGAACUGCACAUUGGCCGGAGUCCUGGACAUCAGCUCCUCUCGUGGACAACCAGUCUACAUCUCCCUGCCUCACUUCCUGCAUGGUAGUCCAUACCUGGUUGAAGAUGUGGAGGGCCUUGGUCCUAGUGAGGAGCAUCACGUCACGUUCCUGGAUGUGGAACCGACCACGGGGUUCAGUCUGAGGUUCGCUAAGAGACUGCAGGUGAACAUGAUGUACGGCCCCUCCAAGAUCAUCACGGUGUUAAAGAAAGUGAAGGAUUACACCGUGCUCCCUAUAGUUUGGCUAAACGAGACGGCAUCCCUGGAUGACGAGACAGCGGACAGGUUUAAGAAGGAGCUGUUAUCUCGUGUUGACAUGCUGGAGACGGUGCAGUUCACGCUGAUAGGCUUAGGGUCAGCAGCCUUGGUACUCUGCACAGUGGCACAUUGUUUGGUAAGCAGAAACAACAAGCUUGUGUGAGAGGGACAAUGCUGCUGUGCAACAGAGGAACAGCGAGGGUACAAGGACAUCAGUGUGCUGUAACUUGUCACUUAUUAUCACGCACGUUCAUCAUUUGUGUUAUUUACAAAUGUCACAUUUCUUGCUCUGAUACAAAGUGAGGAUAUAUUGUAGACAUUGUGUGAGUUAGAAUGUACUUUUUCCUUUGUACAAAUUCUUAUAAAACUGUUCCUUUA